AUGAUCCCGCCCUGCGACCCGGCCAUUCUCGACAACAAUCCCCAGUUCAAGACCCUCUACCACCACCUCACUACCACCUUACUUAACCCCGAUGGCUCCACACGCGCCCACGAUGCGCUGCCCGCUCGGAAAGCGGUUCUGGAGCAAAUGAAAGCCUGUCGAAUCCGAGAUGCAAAGAAACAAAUUAAGCAGCAAGCUUUACGCCGACUAGCCUUUGACCCGGACAGCAGCCUCCCAGACGACGUCAGCCCCAUCUACCCCCAACCAUCCCCCUCACCCUUCCCCAAACUAACAACCGCCCACCAUCAGGCCCGAGACCCUCUCGCCAUCACCACUUUCUACCUCGAAUCCUCCCCUCACCUACUCGACCUGGACGACGACCCUUCCUCCACAGCAGACAUCCAAUCCCUCCUCGCCCCCGACAUCGACCACUUCUACUCCACCCUCCCGCUCCUCGUCACGCCUCUAUCCACCAUCCUCGCAACAACUAUCACCGACCUCCGCACCAUCGCAAACGCAGGAAAUGAACCCCCAGCAGACAACAACCUCCCGCGUACCCGCGCCCGUAACCGCCAAGCCAUGCGCUCCAUGGCCCAGACCCCGCUCUCCGCGCAACUAGCGGAUCGGAUCCGCGCUCUGCGCCAGAUACAAUUGACGGAGCUUCCGGCGGCGAGGACUCGGAUGGCGACAACGGCGGCGGAGGUGCUCGCGACGCGGGCGGCCGUGUUGGAGACUACGGUGGUGCUCUUGGAAAGGGCGAAACAUGGGGCUGUGGCGAGGGCGACUAAGGCGAAGGCGGAACAUUUGGCGAUGGUGGCGGAGGGGAUUGAGGGGAAACUUAGGUAUGUAUUUGUAUAUGCAAAUGUGGUUCUUGUAUGGUGGUGGGGGUUGGUUGGGUUGGGUAAGGCUAAUUGUGAAUGUGGUGGUAGUGUUACGAAGUUGGAUAUUCUGGCUACGAUUCAUACACCGGAGGUGGUGGGUGCGUUGGGGAGGUAUUAUCGGCAUUUGAAGGACGUGAGGGAACGGUUGGAGGAGAGGCGUGUGUUGGCAUUGGAGGAGUUGAAGGGGUAUGAGGAUGUUGGUGGUGGUAGUGGUGGUGGUGGGAGAGAUGGGGGCACAGGUAGGGGGAGAGCGGACUCCGGGGCCAUGAAGGAGAUUGCGCGCCGGUAUGGGGGAUUAAUUCGGGAGGUGGAGGAUGUGAGGAUGGAGAUUGAGCGGUUGAGUGUGUAG